AACUUCCUCAGUAGUAGGACAAAUGUAGCCGGCAAACUGCAUCACUCUUCGCCGCAGAGAUUUGACUACUGUCAGAAGAAACACAAAAAGUUUUCCAGCUGACGAGCGACGCUGCUGAGCCAGCGGAGCAGCGACGUGCACUCUGCUCCCAGUCCGGAGCGGGUCCGCUGACAGACAGAGAGGGAGGCGGGAUACCACUGUCAGCUUACAGACUUCACACAUUACUCCUGGUUUACCGUAAAUAACAAUGGCUGACAGUUUUGACUGUGACAACUGCAAGGAGUCCUUGUAUGGCCGCAAGUACAUCCAGUCAGAUGACAGUCCCUACUGCAUCCCCUGUUACGACAGCCUAUUCUCCAACACAUGUGAUGAAUGCAAAGAGCUGAUCGGCCAUGACGCAAGGGAGCUCUUCUAUGAGGACCGGCACUAUCAUGAGCACUGUUUCCGCUGUUUCCGCUGUGAUCGCUCGUUGGCAGACGAGCCUUUUACCUGCCAGGAUGAAGCGCUGCUCUGCAAUGAUUGCUACUGUAACGAGUUCUCCUCCAAGUGUGUAGCCUGUGACAAAAUCGUCAUGCCAGGUACGAGGAAGUUGGAGUAUGGAGGCUCUACAUGGCACGAGGGCUGCUUCAUCUGUCACAGCUGCGAACAGCCGAUUGGCUCGAAGUCGUUCAUCCCUGACAAGGAUGAACACUACUGCGUGUCCUGCUAUGAGGACAAGUUCGCCCCGCGCUGCACACGCUGUAAAAAGACACUGGCUAAAGGUGGUGUGACCUAUCGGGACGAGCCGUGGCAUAAGGAGUGUUUUGUGUGCACCAGCUGUAAGACACAGCUGGCGGGUCAACACUUCACCACCCGAGACGAGAGCCCUUACUGCCUCAAGUGCUUUGGCAGCCUGUACGCCAAGAAGUGCGAGGCCUGCAGCAAACCAAUCACAGGUUUUGGAGGAGGAAAGUACAUCUCAUUUGAGGACCGCCAGUGGCAUCAGCCAUGCUUCACCUGCUCCCAGUGCUCUGCGUCACUGGUGGGCGCCGGAUUUUUCCCUGAUGGUGACAGGAUCUUGUGCCGCGACUGCAACAGCAACCUAUAGAGCAGUCAUUUACCACAUUCUCACCCUUCCUUUGACUUACUUUUCCCCCUCCGUCACAGCAUUUCAAGAACCCUGAGUCAUUACCAAGGAAGGUAACGCAGGCUAACAAAUGCUGCCUCUCAGGUUGUUUUUAUAUAAAGACAUCAGUUCCCCAUGGUCCCUGUCUGGGUCUGAUUUUCAUCUAGGAGCUAGUGCUGCAUUGUUUGUAUCAACCGCCCCAAAGUAAUCUCUUGUACCAAAAAGUUAAUGAUUUUGUGAAACAAAGUUUAUGGAGUGCCUUAGUAACAUUACAUACUGUAUAUGUUACUGUAUGUUUUAUUGAACCAAAGAAAUGCGAAAUGCUAGUCACUUUGCAAAAAAAAAAAUCCUUCAUAUUUUAUAUAAAAAAAGUUGCCACCUCAGGUAGAGGUCGGGCUCUGAAGAGAAGACACAGAACACUGAUACAGUAUAGUAUGUAAACCUUAUAGUCUGUAUUUCAAAGUAUGGUGGAGGUACUGUUUUAAUGCUCUUAAAACUGCAGUUUUAAGCAUUUUAAUUAAAACAUGUCAGAAGGUAAACAAGGAGAAAACAGAACAACUUUGCUGAUUGUGCUUUUAGUGAUGUAGUCAGUUUAUGGCAGUGAUGAUCAAUAAAGUCAUUUGCACUUUUGAUAAGAUAUUCUCUUGCUACCAUGUUAUGUGCACAUAAAAACGCAACUAAAAACAUGGCACACAGACCACUUUUUUUGUCAUGUAUCUGCUUUUGUUGAUCUUCGCAAUGACACUUAUUUUUACGUAAAGUUUCAUCUUAUUUCUGUCUUUUUCAUUUGUUGAAAUUUGUUUAAUUAUUAUAAUUUUUAUGUUUAAUUAAUCUUUUUUCUUUUUCUUUUGGAUCACCAUUGCUCAAAGAGCCAGCAUUAAUAACCCAAAACAAGCUGAAAUUAAAUGCAAUAACGUGCAGGAGCAUGCAUGCCUGGCAUGAUUCGUCAAUAGUUAUUUUGUUGCUGUUAACGCUGUUAGUGUUUUGUUUUUCAUUGUUAGUUUGUAACAUGUUUGUGAAAAGUUAUAAAAAAAAACUAUAUUUCAUUAUUUCAGCUUUGAUGCUGGUGAGUCAGAGUUGGCAAAUAUACAUUUUAAGAUGGAAAUUACAGCAUUGAGGUGAUAACGGUAUAAACUUAACUGUUAAAAAAAGAUAAUUGAUAUGGCUAAAUGCGACAUGGUUGAUUUUAUUUGUGAAGUCUUAUUAAAUAAAUUUUCACUGACUGAU